CUCUAAUUAAUGUUGAGGUGUAAACGAGCUGGAAGAUUCACUUUAUAAUUUUAUAUAGACAACGCUUUUAUAAAUAUUAAAAUCAUGGCCACGGCUGAAGCACAAGUCAAUGUGAACACAAAUUUGCAAAAGCAGGAUCUUACAAAUUUGGAAAUCAGCAAUCUAACACCGUUGUCGCCCGAGGUGAUCUCUCGCCAGGCCACAAUCAACAUUGGCACAAUCGGACAUGUAGCGCAUGGUAAAUCUACGGUUGUCAAAGCCAUCUCCGGCGUGCAGACUGUGCGCUUUAAAAAUGAGUUGGAGCGAAACAUUACAAUUAAGCUCGAACGCUUAAGUGAAAUGAAAAUCCAAAAACUUUUAAGCUCCAAGCAUGAGCGACGCAAAUACGAACUCAAACAGCGAAAAAUACUGCAACGCCGUGCCGAACAGCGCAGGGAGCACUGCAGCGUAACGACAAGCAAUGCCAAUAGACAACCGUUGUCCACACUACUGUUGCGUCCCAGGCGCAGCACAAGCCAGUGCUCCUUAACUCCCAGCAAUAGCAGUGGUUAUGGCAGCGUAUUCAACGGCGAUGAUGUGACCACCAGCGCCGCAACGCACACUAAGCUAGCACAAAGAGAUCUUAAGCGCAAGCGCAGCAGGUUACUGGAACGAUCUUCACCUGUCCCGAAACGUACCAAGACAAAUGACGGCAAACAGACGCCCAAGGGCGAAUAUAUUCUAGAAAAUAUUGAAAGCGUAGAGGUUUUAGGCUCACGAUGCUCGUGGCUCUUCUAUGUCAAGUGGCUAGGCUAUGAGAGCAAAGACAAUACCUGGGAGUCGUUUGAUAAUGUCGCCGAUUGUGCGCAACUGGAGCACUUUGUGGAGCGUCAGAUGCAUUUCUACGACAGUUUCAUAACUACUAUAACCAGUGAACUGCAGAGUCAAAUGGUCACCACCACAGUUGCCGCUGAUAUGGAGGACUUUAGCAUGUCGGAUGUAGAUACAUUUGAGCCAUUAUGCUUGCAUUUGGAUCUUAUAAUGUUGGCGCAAUAUCGUGCCGCUGGCAGUCGCAGUCAGCGGGAACCACAAGUCAUAGGCGCGCGUGCCUUAAAGAACAUGCGUUUGCAACGCUGUUACUAUGAGCGACGCAAGCAGCUGCAGACGUUGGCUCAAUUUGAAGCGCGCAUGAAUAACGUGGAGCUGCCAGCACCGCCCAUACGCGUGUGCAAUGAUGUGGACUUUGAUGUUGUUGAUGAGAGUUUUGUGUACAUUAAGGAGAAUAUACAUAGCGCCAGCGUGCCGCGACCAGCGCCUGCACAACUGGGUUGCAAUUGCCACGAGCAAGAGGCGGGCGAAUGUUGUCCACGCAGUCGCUGCUGCGCGCGUCUUGCGGGCGAGCUCUUUGCCUAUGAGCGAGGCACGGAACGCAUGCGCUUGCCACAAGGCAGCGCCAUUUACGAAUGCAAUAGUCUGUGCAUGUGCGACGCCAAUUGCUCAAACCGUAGAGUGCAACAUGGUCGCAAGCAUGCGUUGGAGUUGUUCAAGACCAGCAAUGGACGUGGCUGGGGAGUUCGCAGCGCCCACUCUCUGCGCAGGGGCGAAUUCAUCUGCGAAUAUGUGGGCGAGCUGAUUACCAGCGAUGAGGCAAAUGUACGUGGCAAGGCCUACGAUGACAAGGGUCGCACCUAUCUGUUCGAUUUGGAUUACAAUACCGCUGCGGAGAGCGAGUAUACAGUCGAUGCAGCAAAUUAUGGCAAUAUUUCGCAUUUUAUCAAUCAUUCAUGCGAACCCAACUUGGCUGUGUUCCCCUGCUGGAUUAAUCACAUGAACGUUGCCAUGCCACACUUGGUAUUUUUCACAAUACGCAACAUUACAGCUGGCGAGGAAUUGAGCUUCGAUUAUAUACGCGCUGACAAUGAGGAUAUACCCUAUGAGAAUCUUUCAGAGGGCGCGCGCAUUGAGUGUCGUUGCGGAGCCAGCAAGUGUCGCAAAGUUCUAUUUUAAACUAAAGAAAUUAUU